AUGACGCUUAUUCCAUUUGAUUCAUCAAAGAAAUGGCUUGCCAUUUCGUUCAUUACAGCAUUGGCCGUAGCUAAUGUAUCUGGACCACAAUACAUCUACCCCACAUACGGCACCUCAUUGAAGAACCGCUUUCAUUGGAAUGGUGUGGAGAACAGCAUGGUCAGCACAGCGACAUUUGUAGGUGUCUCCUUCUCGGGCCCAUUGUGCGCUUGGUUGCUAGAGACCCUUGGAUUUAGAAGGACCUUGGCAAUAUCCGCAUUUACAGCACUUACAGGAUUGUUUCUAUUAGCCCAGACCUAUGCAGGAUACUUGUCGAGCCAUUACAUGUUGUGCUCUAUUUAUUUGGCAUGCACCGGUGCUGCUGGUGCUGCUUCUUAUUUGUGCGCUCUGGAUUCUCAGGCUCACAACUUUAAAUCUCAUCGAGGCAUGAGUAUGGGGCUUACAAGCGCCUCCUUGGGUAUCAGCGGAUUGAUCUUUUCGCAAAUCAAUGACCAUUUCUUCAAAUCACAAGCAGAAGACGGCCAUGGGGAGCAAGACACCAGUACAUUUGAUUUCCUGAUCUUUGUAGGUGCAUGUAUUUUCAUUGUGACAUUGUUUGGUUCAUUUGUUUUGGGCCCUGUUGACAAAUCCGAAGCGAUAUCAGUACCCAAUGACCUUGUGCAACAACAGCAGCAGCAACAACAACAACAGCAGGAAGAUGAAGUGACACACAAUCUCAAUUACCACACCUACACGCAAAGUAUCAGCAGUUUCAGUACUUCAUCUACACGCUACGAGGAAGAGGAACAAGAAGGAGACGGGGAAGAGAGGCCCUUGAUCUCUAAAAAUGUCAUUGUGUCUGCUGACAACAUCUCCAUGAUCAAAAAGAUGGCAAAUCAAUAUCAACCAGAUAUCAGAAUUGAAGAAGAACCCAGCAUCUCUGGUAUUGCAUUUUUCACUGAUCCAGUUGGGUUCUCACUUGCUUUUGCGUUGCUUGUCAUCUUGGGAUUGGGGUAUGUGUAUUUAGCCAACUUGGGUCAAUUGGUCCUGUCCGUAUCGCCAGCAGAUAUUUCAUUGGGACAGGCACAGCAUGUUCGCAAUGUGCAUGUCUCUAUCUUUAGCAUCGCUAAUUGCGGGGCCAGAGCUGUGUUUGGUACAUUGAGCGAUAUUCUGCAAAGGAGAGUUGGGGUACACCGUCUAUGGUUCUUUUGGUGUGCUGCAAUGGGUCUGGUGAUGUCCAUGACUUAUCUUAUUACUUCUGUAUCAACUGCAGCUGAGCUAAUCUCAUGUACCAUCAUGACGGCCAUCGUAUAUGGUAUUGCAUUCGGUUGUGCACCAGCAAUUAUCAGUGAAUUCGGAACAAAGGCAUUUGCUCGCAAUUGGGGCUGGCUAUUGUGUGCUCCAGCUAUUGGAAGUCAGUUAUUCAAUGUCAUUUUCGGUACAUUUUACGAAAAGGAAUCCAAGCGACAAGGAGAGUCGGGUGAAUGCUAUGGGUCCGGCUGUUAUCAAAUGACGUUUUUCAUUGGUAUCUUAUCAGCUUGUUUGUGUACGUUUAUUCUGUCGCUGGCGAUCUACCGCAAAGGGCUGUACAAGAGACAAUCGACACCCACCGUGCAUUAG